GAGGAGACAUUAUUUAUCUUCGUAUGGGUGGGUUUUCUUGAUUAGAUUAGAUCAGAUUUUGAAGGAAUCUUUUUUUCAUUUUGUGUCUUUUUGUGUCUAUAAAGAUCCAGAGCUUUCCCUUGUCUUUUUGUCUUACAAGAGAAUCUGCAAAACAUUUUGAGUUAUUGAGAGAGAUAGAGAUUGAGAAGAUGUUGGAAGGCAAAGCAAUGGUUGAAGAUUCAGAUAUGCCAGUGAAGAUGCAGAUGCAAGCUAUGGCUUUUGCUUCUCAAGCUCUUGAUCUUUAUGAUGUCUUUGACUGUAAAGCCAUUGCUGGUCACAUCAAGAAGGAGUUUGAUGAGAUAUAUGGGAGUGGAUGGCAAUGUGUGGUGGGAUCAAAUUUUGGUUGUUUCUUCACACAUUCUCAAGGGACUUUUAUCUAUUUUCAAUUGGAGAAACUUAAGUUCCUCAUCUUUAAAGGAGCUUCUACUCCUUAAUUAAUUACACAACCCUAAUAAUAACCAUGGGGAUGUUUUUUUCCUCCUUUUGUUUCUAUGAAAAUCAAAUUUGUAAGAUCUUAGCUUUGUUUGAAUUCUAAGUCUGUAGAUAGACCCAAGAGUGGAAGUUGAUUCAAUGAUGUGAGAUCUUUCAUUUGUUACAUUUGUUUGCUUUUGUGAUCAAUAAAAGUGUAAUGCACAAGAAUUUUUCUAUAUA